AUGAAAUUAGUUGAAGCCUUGAAUACCCAUUUACCUUCAUCUUUUCUUUCUGUCUCGUCGAAUCUCAUCUCCAAAAUCAGGCUGCCGCGCAGUCAGAUCUAACCCCGACGCGUAACCAUGGAGAACCACAGCGCGGGGUCAUCGGGUUUGGUGCGGUUCUGCGACUUGUGCAAUAAGCCCAUCACUACGAACGCGGCCUACAAACGCCACGUUACCUACUGCCGCCGCGCGCAAAGUCGACCUAGAAAACGGCAGCGCUCUUGCAUGGAAUGCCACUCGGCCAAAGUCAAGUGUAGCUUCGAGCCCACCUGCCAUCGUUGUAGCAGGAAGGGCUUGCACUGCGUCUACGAGCAGACCGCCAUAACCCCGGCCGCCAACACAGCUGGGACGUUGGAUAACGCGUCAGGCCAGCCGGCCGCCAACGACCUGUCCGUCGCAACUCUCGAUUCUUCGGUGUAUGGCUUACUCAUCUCGGGGUUCGGCGCGUCGAGCACGCUGAAGCUGCCCGACUCGUCGCCACGCUCGGCUGACGAGCUCCGCGCCGACCCGAUCGCCCAGCAUGGCGUGCGGUUCGUGCUCGAGGCUGUGUGGGGGCUACCCUUCAUGAUGACCAACCGCGAGACCUUCUCGUGGUUCAGCCACGGCUACUGGUACCACCCCGAGCUCCCUCGAACCAUCGCCACCUGCUCCGACCUCGCGCGGCUGUACAGCAACCGCGGGCACGUCACCGACGACGCCUUCUGGAACAUGGUCGACGAGGAGAACAGGCGCCUCCUGCGCGACCUCCCCGGCUCCUCGGUCGAGGAGGUGAUCUACGGGCUGCAGGCUCAGAUCAUAUACAUGAUCAUGUUCGCCCUCGACAGCAGAUCCGCCAACGAAAUCCCCAGGGUGCGUCUGCAGAUGCUCAUGGUCUUCGAGCUAUAUUGUAAGAGGUGCACCACGAUCAUCAAAGGCUUCCCCUUCGUUGUCGAGGAUCUGACAGAUACAAACGUGACGUGGGAGAGUUGGGUCCACGCCGAGACGCGACGACGAUUCUCCAUCACUUGGUUCCUCAUGAGUCGCGUGAUCGAUCUGAAGUUUGGCGUCUUAUGUUCGAGCGUCGUCAAUUGCCGCUCGCUACCGAUUCCCUGUCCGGAGCAACUCUGGCGCGCCAGGACGGAGGAGGAAUGGGAGAACUUGCGCCGGGUCAAGUAUCGAGAUUACGACAAGUGUUCGAUACGGACUUUUGGCGAUCUGAUAGCAGCACGGUCGUGCCCGCCCGAUUCGGAGCGCGGCCGGGAUCUCCGUAAAUGGUAUGCGAUUUCGGACAAAUUGGGGUUACUACUCACAUUCGCCGCGACUAUGAUCUGAAAGCUGUGUGCAUACUGACUACAUUUAAUGGUGUCGGGUGUGGGGGAGGGAUCACGAUGGUUAACUGUCGGUACGGAGCGAAACGAGUCACAACUACCAGGUAAUAUCCUCGUUGCUGCCCGAGCAGGCUCGGCGUGAAGCUGUACUCAGAGCUCUCGCGCACGUUGGGUCCCUCGUUCCGCGGGUUGGACUCGGCGACUACGGCGGCGUUGUUCACGAGCACGUUGAGCUGGCUGUGCUUUUCCUCCAUAGCGCGCGCCGCGGCU